AUCUUCUCUGUCGAACAAACAGCGCGACACAGUGAGCAAGAAUGUGGAGAAGAGCUUUCUGUAAUCUCUCAAAAAGACCCUUUUCUUCACAACCUGAAAUACCCACUUUGUAUUCCUUUCUCCAGCCUUCAAUUUUUUCCUUAAAAAGAACUGAAUCACCUUCUACAACCCCACCAAAACCCCAUAACCAAACCCCUCUAACCUUAACACAAGAACACAAAUCUAAUCUUGAAUCCACUCUUCUAGAUUCAAUCAAAAGUAACAACACAGAUGAAGCAUGGAAAUCAUUCAAGACUCUUUCAAAUUACUCUGCUUUCCCAAGUAAGUCACUUACCAAUUCAGUAAUCAUUCAUUUGUCAUCACUGAAUGAUACCCAUAACAUAAAAAGAGCAUUUGCAUCAGUAGUUUUCUUGUUAGAGAAGAAACAAGAAUUGUUAAAGCCUGAAACUGUACAUGUACUGUUGAAUUCAAUGAGGGAUGCUAAUAGUGCUGCCCCUGCUUUUGCUUUGGUGAAGUGUAUGUUCAAGAACAGAUUUUUCGUCCAUUUUAGUCUCUGGGGUGAUGUUCUUGUGGAAAUUUGUAGGAAAAAUGGUAACUUUGGUGGGUUUUUACAAGUUUUUAAUGAGAAUUGUAGGGUUGCUAUUGAUGAGAAGUUGAAUUUCUUGAAACCUAGUUUGGCAGCUUGUAAUGCUGCACUAGAAUGUUGUUGUCGAGAGGUUGAAUCGAUUACUGAUGCGGAGAAAGUGGUGGAGACCAUGUCAGUUUUGGGUGUUAGGCCUGAUGAAUGUAGUUUUGGUUUACUAGCUUAUUUGUAUGCAUUGAAGGGUCUUAAAGAGAAAAUGGCUGAGUUAGAAGGUUUAAUAAGUGGAUUUGGUUUCCCGGAUAAAGGGGUUUUUCUUAGUAAUUUGAUUAGCGGAUUUGUAAAGUGUGGUAAUUUGGCGUCUGUUUCAGCAACUAUUCUUCAAGGUGUAAGAGAAACGGAUGGACAAGGAUUAUGUUUUCAAGAAGUAACUUAUAGUGAAGUAGUAAGUGGGUUUCUUCAAAAUGGGAGCAUAAAAGAUUUAGCUACGUUGAUUGGUGAAACUCAGACCUUGGAAUCUCCAUCUGUGAUUGUUGAGAGAUCCGUUGGAUAUGGCAUCAUAAAUGCUUGCGUUAAUCUUGGGUUAUUGGACAAGGCACACAUGAUAUUUGAUGAAAUGAAUGCUCAGGGUGCUUCUUUAGGUCUUGGAGUCUACCUUCCAAUACUGAAAGCAUAUUGCAAAGAGCAAAGAACCGCUGAAGCAGCUCAACUGGUGACAGACAUAAGCAGUUUAGGUCUCCAGUUGGAUGUUGCUACCUAUGAUGCUCUAAUUGAAGCUUCAAUGUCAUGUCAAGAUUUUCAAUCUGCAUUUUCUGUGUUUAGGGACAUGAGAGAAGCAAGAAUACCUGACUUGCAAGGGAGUUACUUGACAAUCAUGACCGGUUUAACAGAAAGUCAUCGACCUGAGCUCAUGGCAGCUUUCUUGGAUGAGAUCGUUGAGGAUCCUAGAAUUGAAAUCGGAACGCAUGAUUGGAACUCCAUCAUCCAUGCCUUCUGCAAGGCUGGACAGCUAGAAGAUGCAAGGAGGACUUUCAGGAGAAUGACCUUCCUUCAGUUCGAACCAAAUGAGCAGACAUAUCUUUCUCUAAUAAAUGGAAAUGUGACCGUGGAGAAGUAUUUCAAUGUUAUGAUGCUGUGGAAUGAAGUCAAAAGAAAGGUUUCUGCAGAAGGGGAAACAAAGUUAAAACUAGAUAGUAGCCUGGUUGAUGCGUUUCUGUAUGCAUUGGUUAAAGGGGGCUUCUUUGAUGCAGUAAUGCAAGUCGUGGAGAAAUCUCAAGAGAUGAAAAUUUUUGUUGAUAAAUGGAGAUAUAAACAAGCAUUCAUGGAGAAACAUAAGAAGCUCAGAGUUUCAAAGUUAAGAAGGAAAAAUCGCGGUAAAAUGGAGGCACUUAUUGCUUUCAAAAAUUGGGCGGGUUUGAGUGCUUGAUGGGUCUCAUAUCUGUCGCUUGCCUAUUUUGCUUGAUCUGAAUGCUGUAUGAAGCAUCUUGCUACUGGGUCCUAAAAUACUCAAUUUAACAUCAAAGGUUUUAGGCUUUCGAUGCUGGCACAACAAGUGCCAAAUUGUUUUUCAGGAAGCUCUCCCGGUAAGUAUAAGCUGCAGAGCCUCUAUCAUGUGACACAGAUUGAAGAUGUAUUAUGCUUGCUAAACCAUAUGGAAAAGUGUGAUUGUAACUUCCAAGAAGCAGGAUUAUGCUCUGGGUAAAACACCAGUCUCCUUGAGCUAAAUGCUGCAGAAGCACUCCAAAGACCACUAUUCCUAUCUGGCUAUAGCCUGCAUACUCUAGAAGGUUCUAUAUCAUGAAACCUUUCUUCUUAUUUGUAACACACUUGUAUAAGAUUUUUCCUUUAGCAGGAGAAAUUGGCAUUGUGAGACCAGAAGCAGUGAAAGAAAGUACCCCGGUGCUUGUAGAAAAACUCAACAAAUGAUUUAAUAUACCUACAAAUGCAUAACAUCCUUGGUUGGUCACUCCUUUUGAUGAUGUUACUGGCCAAAAUGAGUAUGGUAGAGUAUUUUGUUGUUCAACUCUUGAAUAGGUGACAAGGAGCAUAUUUUGCCUGUACAAAUUGUAAGAGUUUCUCCCUCUCCCUCUAGCGCGGUUAGAUGUUAUAAAGUCUUUUUUUUAUAAAUAAAAGGUCAUUUUGUUUUUUGUCUUGUUGUUUGCUUUUAAAAUUGUUUGAUGAUAUGGAUACCCUUAUGUUAAGUUGUUUUCUUGGGAUUCCAAGAGAUGAAGCAGAGGAUCAAUUAUCUGCUAUGGACAUCGAACAUGAUUCUUCUGCAGUUGCAUUGAUUGUUGCUGGAGUUGUAUCCAAAAGGGAAAAGUUACCUGAAAUUCAACUUUUGGUUCUUCGGUUAGCAUGAUUGUCAAGAGCUGUUAUUGAUUUCUUUGUAUUGGUUUCACAUAGGGAUGUAGGUAGAAUUAGUUAAUGUUCACCGUCAAUCAAGUUAUACUGAUUUCUAUGAUGUAAUUGUUGUGCUAGAACAGCCAUCUUUUU